AUGUAUUUAUAUGCCAGCGGUAUCAGCUCGGAAGACGAUAACUCGGAAGUCGGUAACUCGGAAGUCGAUAACUCGGAAGUCGAUAACUUGAAAGUCGAUAACUCGGAAGUUGAUAACUCGGAAAUCGAUAACUUGGAAAUCGAUAAAUUGGAAGUAGAUAACUCGGAAGUCGAUAACUCGGAAAUCGAUAACUCGGAAGUCGAUAACUCGGAAUUCGAUAACUCGGAAGUCGAUAACUCGGAAGUCGAUAACUCGGAAAUCGAUAACUUGGAAAUCGAUAAAUUGGAAGUAGAUAACUCGGAAGUCGAUAACUCGGAAGUCGAUAACUCGGAAGUCGAUAACUUGGAAGUCGAUAAAUUGGAAGUAGAUAACUCGGAAGUCGAUAACUCGGAAGUCGAUAACUCGGAAAUCGAUAACUUGGAAAUCGAUAAAUUGGAAGUAGAUAACUCGGAAGUCGAUAACUCGGAAAUCGAUAACUCGGAAGUCGAUAACUCGGAAAUCGAUAACUCGGAAGUCGAUAACUCGGAAGUUGAUAACUCGGAAGUCGAUAACUUGGAAAUCGAUAAAUUGGAAGUAGAUAACUCGGAAGUCGAUAACUCGGAAGUCGAUAACUCGGAAAUCGAUAACUUGGAAAUCGAUAAAUUGGAAGUAGAUAACUCGGAAAUCGAUAACUCGGAAGUCGAUAACUCGGAAAUCGAUAACUCGGAAGUCGAUAACUCGGAAGUCGAUAACUCGGAAAUCGAUAACUUGGAAAUCGAUAAAUUGGAAGUAGAUAACUCGGAAGUCGAUAACUCGGAAGUCGAUAACUCGGAAAUCGAUAACUCGGAAAUCGAUAAAUUGGAUGUCGAUAACUAG